AUGGCUCCUAGAUAUGAGAGGCGUCGCCAAAAGCCCCUGACGGAACGAAAACGUCGUGCACGAAUCAACAAAUGUCUGGAGGUACUUAAAGAUGUCGUCAUAGACAACAAUGGCGGAAUUCUACCUAGACUGGACAAAGCUCGGAUUCUGGAACUGACAGUCUCAUACCUAAAGACAAUGGUACACUCUAAACCUAAAGAAACUUUAGACAAGGAAAAGUUUACGGCUGGGUAUCUGCGGUGCCUUGACGAAGUGACGUCAUAUUUACAGGAGAGGACGGAUAAUUAUACACUGAAUCGAGUGAUUCAGCAUCUAUUUACAAAGAACAUUCAGUUUACGGAAAAAGCCGAACUUUUUCACGAAGAUUGUAUUAUAGAACAGGAGUCAAAAACCCCGCUUGUCUCAAAUUCAAACAGCGUACACAAGAUUGGACCGACUUUAAAUAAGCGGAUGUCGGAUACACAACAACAUGAAUAUGUAUUAAAUAAUCCAUUCCCCGACAAUGGACAGUGUGUUAUUAAAAACAAUGGUUCGGAUGAUUCAGAUCCAUCUAACAACGGAUCAAAAUCGACUACGACUUGCGAAACACUUUACGAAAAUAUUAAAGACAGCUCAUCCAAUGAGAAAGACUGUAACAAAAUGAUAAUGGAGCGUUCAGUUAACAAGGGGCAUUUGGCAAACGGCAGACUGUCAUCACAGAAAUAUGAUUGUGUUAAUGAAACCAUCAGAUGUAAUAUAGCUGCUUCACACAUGCUCUGGCGACCGUGGUGA